AUGAACGUCUACAGAGACCCUGGUCCCCUCUCUCAACCCCUUCCUCCAGUCCACCUCCAUCUUUACAAUGGCCACGUCUCUCCGGCUGAGCCUGGGUUAUCCAGGGUCUCUGUGCCCAAGAUGGGGGUUCGGGCUCGCAUCGCUGACUGGCCGCCGAGAAGAGAGCGGUCAAGGGAAUCGCUACUGGAAAAUGGACAAGGUGUGACAUCAGAGAGUAAUGAGGAAGGGCUUAACCAAGUGGGAGUGACAAGGGUGCAAACGCUAGGACAAAGCAAAGAUGCAGAGUUUCGGGACAGCCGUCCUUAUAGAAAUAAACCAGGUUCCCCUUCACGUGUCCGAGUCCCGGGAUUCGCUCCACUGCGACAGCGUUCCAGCAGUGAAAUCACUCUAAGUGAACAAGAUGAGACCGAAAUGGAAGGUCGUCUUUUCCGGGUGUAUGGCAGCACCUCGUCAAUCAACGUUCGAUCAGUGCCUGAAGAAAGCUUUUUUGACAUGCUUAGCCAGUUCCAGAAGGAGAUGCCAGAUCAACGCAGCGCUGCCCCUGCCAGGCUCGGAGAGCUACUGCGUGUGGAAAACUCCAACACAAACCCCUCACCUGCCCCCUCUUUAUCUCGCUCGGAAGAUCGCCCAGAGAGUCGUGCGCAAAAGAAAAGCGGCGGCACCGAAUCAGCGCUCGGUUCCUCAUCCCUCUUCCGGAAGCUUCGCAACACCAAUCGCACCGACAACGAAUCCUCACGCGCAGACUCUGACUCCGACGUGACGCUCAAACCGUGGCUCUGUGUCCACAGCUUUGCGCACUAUGAUGCUCAAAGCCUCCUUUUCGACCUGCUUGAAGCAGAUGCCCAGCGCAGCUAUGCCUCCCAGAGACACAACACAGCCACUGGGGCAUCCUCAGCAUCCAUUGCAUCUUCAGACGCCGUCUCGUUUGCCGUGUCCCGUGCUCUGGCUCUGGGUGGAGCCGAGCCCACCUUUUCUAGUAUGGACGAUCUGAGCUUGGUCGUACUGGGACCUAGCUCUGGCAUUGAAGAACCAGCAGAUUUAGCAAAUCUGAACUCUGGUUCUCAGCUUCUGCUGAGCUGCCCCAACUUUUUGAAUGAGACUGGAAGUUACGGCGAGCGCAAUGUGAGCUUUCUUGGGCAGGUCAAGCCACGCAUAUGGUCCACUAAUGCCAGUGUGUCCGUACUGGAGGUGAGUCCUGAAGAGCAGGCCUCGCGCAUGGACAGACUGGAGCAUCACUGCAUAGAGCAUGUGGACUUAGGAGCCCGAUACUACAGGGAAUACUUCCAUGGGAAAGAGCACUGGAACUACUUCGGAACGGAUGAGAAAUUGGGUCCCGUGGCUCUUAGUAUCCGCAGAGAAAAACUGGACGAUACCAAAGAUCUGAAGGAGCAAUACCAGUACCGCAUCAUCUUCCGUACCAGUGAGAUGGUGACGUUACGAGGCUCAGUACUGGAAGAUGCCAUACCUUCUACAGCAAAACAUGGGACGGUGCGGGGUCUCCCUCUAAAAGAGGUGCUGGAGUUCGUGCUGCCUGAGCUGAGUGUAUCGUGUCUGCGUCUGGCUCUCAACACCCCCAAAGUCACUGAGCAGAUCCUCAAACUGGACGAGCAGGGCUUGAGUCAGAAGCACAAGGUGGGCAUCCUGCUGUGUCGUGCCGACCAGAGCACCGAGGAGGAGAUGUACAACAACGAGGAGGCGACCCCAGCCUUCACCGCCUUCCUUCAGCUGCUGGGAGAGACUGUGUGUCUUAAGGGCUUUAACAAAUAUGCAGCACAGCUCGACACUAAGACGGAUUCAACUGGUACACACUCCCUGUACACCACUUAUCAGGGCUAUGAGAUCAUGUUUCAUGUGUCCACCAUGCUUCCCUACAUGCCCAACAACCCUCAGCAGCUCCUGAGGAAGAGGCAUAUAGGGAAUGAUAUUGUGACCAUCAUCUUCCAGGAGACGGGUGCUCUGCCCUUCACUCCGCAGAACAUCCGUUCUCAUUUCCAGCAUGUGUUUGUGAUUGUGCGGGUGCACAACCCUGGCUCGGAGAACACCUGCUACAGUGUUGCUGUCACACGCAUGAAGGACGUACCCCCGUUCGGCCCACCCCUGCCCCCCAGUGGCAUGAUGUUCCGUGACCCUGCCGCCUUCCGCUCCUUCCUGUUAGCCAAGAUCAUCAAUGCCGAGAACGCAGCACACAAGUCAGAGAAGUUCCACACUAUGGCAGCUCGCACACGUCAGGGUUACUUGCGUGACCUGGCUGAGAACUGUGCCAGCACCACACCGCUCGAUACAGCUGGCAAGCUCAACAACCUCAUCUCUCUAGCCUCUAAAAGGCGUGAGAGGGUACGGGCGCGCUCAGGGGCAGAGCUAGGUGCUGCAGGAGCGGUUGCAUGGCGAGUAGUCGUUCAGGAUUUCAGUGGAGGAGGGGCCGAGCUGCCCUGCGUCCUUGCCAUCUCCAGCGAGUACAUCGUUUUGGCCGAGUGCUCCACCAAGGAAGUGGUGUUUAACUGCUUUUGCACGGACGUGAUCGGCUGGGCACCUGAAAGACUGAGUAUAAAGAUCUACUAUGGACGAGGGGACCACGUGGCACUGCGCGUGCCUGAGGGCGGAGCCCAGGACAUCAGAGAGGUGCUGCAAAGACUAAAGGCGCUGACGAUGGGCUGUGAGACAGUGGACAUGACGCUAAGAAGGAACGGUCUGGGUCAACUGGGUUUUCAUGUACGUUUGGAUGGCACUGUCUCAGAGGUGGAGGAGUAUGGAUUUGCCUGGCAGGCGGGGCUUCGUCAGGGUAGCCGAUUAGUGGAGAUCUGCAAGGUCGCCGCCGUGACGCUCUCCCACGACCAGAUGAUUGACUUGCUGCGCACUUCGGUCACUGUAAAAGUGGUCAUAAUCCCACCCUUUGAUGAAGGAGGGCCUCGCAGGGGCUGCACUGAGGAGCACGAGAUGAAGACUCAGGAGCAGAAGGGUGAUGCAGAACCGUUAACAGCAGGUUACUACCCCAGCCAGCGAGCUCCAGCGUGGCGUUGGGACAGUCCUCCUAUAGCACACAGUGGACCUUUAGGACAGCGCUGGACCCCUGUGGUUCCUCAGUCAGGCCCUGGUCGUACAUACAAGGGAUUGACGCCUGUUCCAUACAGGGAGCCUCAACACGUUCCUACUAAAAGGCCCGUCAGUUACCCAGAGAAUCACUACAGUUUGUCUCCAGUAGGAGGUGACAGGGCCCUGCCCUACCGAAACCCAUCAGCCAGUUUCUCCAACACUGGAUCAGGUCUCAGUUCGGCAGCUCUGAGUGGUCCAUUUGUCCGAUACAAACCCUCUCCAGACAGGUUUGGUGCAGCCACACGCUCUGCCCAGCAGUAUGACGCUCAUCUGUCUCUCGAUGGCUCCAGUGGAGAUUCCUCAUCGGGCUUUACCAGUCAAGAGAGCACGAUGGAGCGGAACAAGACAGAGCCCAUGUGGCACGUUCCGACCCAGUCUCGGAAUGUUCCAGUGGGUGGAGUGCAGAGGCGACAGGCUCGCCAAGAUUUGCAGGGCAAGGACUCACCAAACCGACACUCAAAGGGCGAGGCACAGUACUCCAGUCACUCCAGCAGCAACACUCUUUCAAGUAAUGCCUCCAGUAGCCACAGUGACGACCGUUGGUUCGACACCAUAGGUGCUGGCGUCUCUGGUACUCUCGCUGACCCCUGUGAACCCUGUGACACUGACCCCAUGGGGAAAGGGGGCUCCAAUGAUAGUGGAAUAGAUGCUUCUACACAUUAUAGCACUGGCAACAAAUCAGGCAAACAGAGCCGGGGUCACGCCGGCACCCCUCGUAAGAAUCUGCACUCCUCGGCCACCUACACUGGCCUGCAUGAGCUCUCCACCUCCACAGGCAGGGCAGGGGAGGGACUCCGGAGAGAGUCAUCACCUGUUUUUACAGCCUCGACCAAUCAGAGCAAGAAUUACCUCACGCGCACCUUCCCGCCGGGGUCAUCCAGCACUGAUGGGUUAAAAACCAGAUCCUGCUACACUCCACAAGGCUUCAAGACACCUUCUGCAGGUGAAAAGCACAGGCCUUUCCGAUCCACUACAGCUACACCCACUUCGGGCUCGGCCCAACUGUCCACCUCUGCCCCCAAAACCUUUUAUGGUAAAAGUAAGCAAAUGGCAUGGCAAGCGGAGGAGAGUAACACUGCCACCAUGACUUCAACCUCGACCUCCAGCAGCACAGAUAGCAACAGCAACAAGCAGGUGGACUUGACCAGUAAGAAUGUGUUUGGUCAACCUCGUCUGAGAGCCUCUCUUAGGGACCUGCGCUCCCCUCGUCGCCCAACCCAAAAAAGCACCAUUGAGGAUGAUCUGAAAAAACUAAUCAUCAUGGACACACCUGCAGAUACACCACCACAAGAAUCUUCUCCACGGAAGACCCUGCAGCGAACUUUCUCAGACGAGAGUUUGUGUAGUGGACGGAGAGACUCCAGCUUUGCCAGCAUGCCAGUGUAUGAUGGACAGUCCUCGACAGCAGACGUGCUCUUUACCAGUACUCUUCCCACCCGUCGCUACGGCAGUAGCAGCAGCAGCCAUGGAGCCCUUCAGCCCAAUAAGAAAGUGCCAUUGUCUGCGUCAGAGCUGUCUCUGACAGAGGUGAGGGAUAAAGUGCCCUCUCAGUGUAGGCUCGACCCUGGCCUAAUGCCCCUGCCCGACACAGCCAGUGGCCUUGAGUGGUCCAGCCUUGUCAAUGCUGCGAAGGCCUUUGAGGACUGUUAUGUGAUUAUUUUAACAGUGCAAAGAGCAGUUUCUCUCUUCUCGCUGUCUGAGCCACAUACUGGAGGAGCUGAUCUGAGACCUGUGUUAAGCCCAGUUCCCUUCCAUGCACCACAGACUCCUCGCACUACACCCACCAUCAGCAGUGAUGAGAUUCCAAACAAUCUGUCGGGUCGGCUGUAUCAACUGGAGGUCAUGUUGUUACAGCUGAAUACUGACCUGGAGAAGGAGAAGAAGGAUAAGGUGGCUCUGCUAGCUGAGAUGGCUCACCUGAAAGAAAACAACCAGCGUCUACAGGAGGAAUCUCAUUCUGCUAGUGAGCAGCUUCGCAAGUUCAGCCAGCUCCUUAACUCCAGCACAGACAGGAAGUGAACUUUAAUGUAACUGUGUGUGCUGUGAAAGAUUCAAUCAGAGGCAACAGGACAGGAGUGCUGAUUGCUGAUCCUAUAGAUGCCCCCACACUGCCCUUCAUCUCAUCAAGAAGUAGAGUGAGCCUCUUCCAGUGUCCCGCCCCUAAAUAGGGAGAGAAUACAAGAGAGGAAGCAGGGGUAUAAAAAAAUACGAGGAGUCAAAACAAAAGCAGGUUUGAGUCACUUCAGGAGUGUAGAUUUGUUAGCAGAAGUGGGGAAAAAUGUGUGCACCUUUAUUUUUAGAACUCACACCGAGUCUGAGCAGCAUGCACACACUCUCUUUCAACACUGCUGCUUUAUUUUUCUAAUGGACGUGUGUUGGCGUGCAUCGGACACCAAACUCCAGCCAGUUGAACUGAGACUGUAUCAUUUAGAGAGGCCUAUUUACUGUACAUUCAGCUCUUCAGCCAAAAAGAAAGUGUCUGAGGUUCUGUGCUGAGACUAUACUUCCCAGCAUGCAGCACCGUGGAGCACUAACCUGGUACUGUAGAAGUGAGGUACAAUUCUUCUGGACUGAUUUAACUAUGAAACCCGGAUGUUUGCUUUUAUUACGUUAAUCAUUGCAGGUACAUGUAAUGCAAGACGUUAUCCUUGUGACGUGUUAUUCAAUGUUUUGAGAUCAGAACUGCCAGUGGAACACAAAUAGCUGAUGCUGUCAAAAGUUGACAAGACGGACUUAGGUUUGCUUGCCCAAAAGUUAGCGGACACGCAGUCUACAGAAGGUUAGCCCUGCAUGAGAACCCUUUGUG